AUGGACAAAGAGGCGGCUCGCCCGCGAUCGGCCGUCUUCCGCGUUGAAGGCAACGGUGUGGGUAAGGUCAGUAAACCUUCAACACAGGCGCCAACACUAUCGUCAAAUACAAAUAAGGACAUCAUGAUUGAAACCUUAACCGCAGAAAAUGCUUCCGCUCAUGAGUUCUUGCACUGUGUCCAUAUGCUACGUUCCGAUGCGACAUCUGGAAUAUCAUCGGCCGAGGCAACGUUACGGAGGCAAUAUCACGGGUACAAUGAAUUUGAAGUGACAGAACAGGAACCAUUAUGGAAGAAAUACACUGAACAGUUCCAAAAUCCUCUGAUUCUCCUGCUGCUUGCCAGCGCCAUCGUAUCUCUUCUUAUGCGACAAUUUGACGACGCUAUUAGUAUUACUGUAGCUGUAGUUAUUGUAGUUACAGUAGGCUUUGUGCAGGAGUAUCGAUCUGAAAAAACUCUCGAGCAGCUGAAUAAACUGGUGCCACCUGCAUGCCACGUAGUACGUGAUGGCAAGGAACAUUCAUUACUGGCUCGCGAAUUGGUGCCAGGGGAUGUGGUCCUGUUGAACACGGGCGACCGAGUGCCGGCUGACGUUCGCCUUCUGGAAGCGUUUUCUCUUCAAAUCGAUGAAAGCUCAUUGACUGGAGAGACUGAACCCAAACACAAGGAAACGGGAGCGAUUGAAGCCUACGAUAGUGGUGGCCAUGUUGAUCAUAUGAUGAACAUUGCCUUCAUGGGCACCCUGGUUUGCAGUGGAAGAGGCAGGGGUUUGGUAAUCUCGACGGCAACGAACUCGCAGUUUGGCGAAGUGUUCCGGAUGAUGCAAGGCGAAGAGUCACCGAAGACGCCGUUACAAAAUAGUAUGGAUCAACUUGGAAAGCAGCUAUCAUUCUACUCGUUCGGUGUAAUUGCCCUUAUCUUUGUCAUAGGAUUACUGCAAGGACGUAAUGUGCUCGAUAUGUUUACAAUAGGUGUAAGUUUGGCAGUGGCUGCGAUUCCAGAGGGACUACCGAUAGUGGUAGCCGUUACUCUAGCCAUUGGUGUGAUGCGAAUGGCUAAACGGCGAGCUGUCGUGAAGAAGAUGCCAGCUGUGGAGACGUUAGGAUGUGUGACAGUAAUUUGUUCGGAUAAAACGGGUACACUCACAAAGAAUGAGAUGACAGCUACCUGCGUAGUCACUCCAGAAGGUCGACGUGCGGAGAUGCCGGCUGUGGAGACGUUAGGAUGUGUGACAGUGAUUUGUUCGGACAAAACGGGUACUCUAACGAAGAAUGAGAUGACAGCCACAUGUGUAGUCACUCCAGAAGGUCGACGUGCGGAGGUAACGGGCAUUGGAUACGUCGUCGAUGGCGGUACUUGUACCUAUGAAGGAGAAGUGGUGAGAGGCUUCAGUCAUCGUGAAUUUGCGAGCAUCAUUGAGGUCGGUGUAGUAUGUAAUAAUGCAGCCAUCGUUGCCGAUUCGGUCUUAGGACAACCCACAGAAGGAGCUCUUGUUGUACUGGCACAAAAGACUGGUCUGGAAAGAUGUCGUGAAAUUUAUAAACGUGUCCGAGAAAUCCCUUUCACUUCGGAAUCAAAGUGGAUGUCUGUACAGUGCGACCAUAAUGUCCGUCUAAAUCUUCGAACAACGGGACAGACGGUUUUCUUCGUAAAGGGAGCUCUGGAUCGUGUUAUGCAACUUUGUGAUUCGUACUUAUCAUCCGAUGGAAUGCGAAAGCCUCUUGAUGACUACGUUCGUCAAAGGAUAGCAGAUGGAGGACGUAAUCUAGGUGCAACUGGUCUCAGAGUUUUGGCAAUGGCUCGAGGCGAUUCUAUGCAGUCAUUGAUGUUGGUGGGGAUGGUUGGGAUGCUCGACCCGCCGCGACUAGGUGCAGCCGAUGCAAUUGCUAUGGUUCGAGCCAGCGGUGUCGAGGUGAAGCUAAUCACUGGGGAUUCGCAAGAGACAGCGCAGAGCAUAGGAUCGAUGUUGGGAUUAUACUGCUCACCUCAUGAUAGCUGUCUCUCCGGAUCUCAGAUCGACAGUAUGACCGAACAGGAGCUUGAACUCGUCAUUCGCCAAGUAUCAGUAUUCUACCGGGCAUCCCCUAGGCAUAAACUGAAAAUUGUGAAGGCUCUACAAGGAAUCGGAGAAGUUGUGGCAAUGACCGGUGAUGGAGUGAAUGACGCGGUUGCAUUGAAAAAGGCUGAUAUAGGAGUGGCGAUGGGAUUGGGAGGCACGGACGUCUGCAAAGAAGCGGCUGAUAUGAUUCUGUGUGAUGAUGACUUUUCUACCAUGACAGCGGCAAUUGAAGAAGGCAAAGCUAUCUACCACAACAUCACAAACUUUGUUCGAUUUCAGCUCAGCACGAGCGUAGCCGCUUUGUCCCUGAUAGCUGCUUCGACCAUGUUUCACUUCGAGAAUCCACUGAAUGCAAUGCAGAUCCUCUGGAUUAACAUAAUUAUGGAUGGGCCGCCAGCGCAAAGUUUGGGUGUGGAGCCGGUUGAUGAUGACAUUAUUCGUCAACCACCUCGAAAUGUCCGUCAGCCGAUGCUCAGCUUACGGCUAAUGAUCGAUAUUCUUUGUUCAGCUGCAAUCAUCGUGGUCGGAACACUUUUCAUAUUCUACAGAGAGAUGUCUAUCGAUAAUAAAAUAACCCCUCGAGACACUACGAUGACGUUCACAUGCUUUGUUCUUUUCGAUAUGUGGAAUGCAUUAAGCUGCCGAAGUUCGAGAAAGAUGAUAUGGCAGAUAGGAUUGCGAAGGAAUCGGAUGUUUUGCAUCGCAGUCAGUGCCUCACUCGUUUGUCAAUUGCUCGUCAUCUUUUGGUCUCCAUUGCAGCAUGUUUUCCAAACGGAAGCUCUCUCUGUUGUUGAUCUGCUAUUGUUAACGACCUUGACGUCAUCGGUAUUCAUAUUUAAUGAGACGAAAAAAUAUUUUGAUCUACGGCGAUCUACAAAAUUGCCUUCGACAACCAAAACUGACAAUGUUCUCUAA